AUGGAAUUGCUUGAUCUGCCAACACUCAAAACACCUAGCAGCCUCGCCGUGGUCCUGUUAGCCCUUGGAGCUUUUUGGUGGCUCGCAUCAACAUUAAUCGCAUGGAAUCGGCUGCGGCACAUCCCAGGCCCAUGGAUCGCAGGAUUCAGCUACAUAUGGGUAGCCUGGAAGGACUACAGCGGCAAUCAGCACCAAUCAUCCUUGGACAUCGACAAAAAGUACGGCUCACUGGUGCGUAUUGGGCCAGACGCCCUCAUAACUUCAGAUGUCGAGGUCGUCAAGCGCAUGUCUGGACCAAAGAGUACCUAUCGCAAAGGAACAUGGGCUGACGGUAUGCGGUUGAACCCGUACAACGAUGUUCUGUUCGGUGUACGGGAUCCUCAUGAGCAUGAUCGAGUCAAAGCUCGUCUUGCACCUGGGUACAGUGGUCGCGACACACCUCAUCUUGAAGAUAUUGUCGAUGAGCAAGUGAACAAUCUGGUUUCACUCAUUCGCAAUCGAUAUGUCUCUGACCCUUCUUAUGGCGAGUUUCGCGCCAUGUCUCUCAUCCAUGUAAUUUCUUACUUCUCUCUAGAUGUCAUUUCCAAGGUGGCAUUAGGGACUGAGUUUGGGUGCUGUGCUUUAGACUCUGACCCGUACAGGUUUUACGAGGCAAUGGCUGAGCAUUUGCCUCUCAUGGCAAUGACCAGUGAUGUACCGUGGAUGCGAGACAUAUUGCAUUCUCCUACAUUUCUGAAGUACUUUGGCCCUAAGGAGACUGAUUCCCAUGGGAUUGGUCCUUUGAUGAAAGUCACCAAUGACAACGUACGAGCAUACUACAGUCAAGAACAAAAUGAAAAGACGGGUAUAUUGAGCUCCUUCAGAGCCCAUGGACUUUCUGAAAGCGAUGCUCAAUCUGAGGGGCUGUUCGUAUUCGUCGCAGGAUCCGACACUACCGCAGCAGCUCUCCGUGUUACUGUAUUCUACAUCAUGUCAUCACCUCGCGUUUAUCGAAAGCUCAAAGAAGAGAUCCGAAAGGCGAUACAUGAGGGACGCGCCUCUAGUCCUAUCACCGUUGCUCAAGCACGAGAACUACCAUAUUUACAAGCGGUAAUUUAUGAAGGGCUUCGUAUGCGACCAGUGACCACAGGACAGCACGCCAGAGAAGUACCCGCGGGCGGCGACACUAUCAACGGACAUUUCAUACCCGAAGGCACAUCCAUUGCUAUCAAUUUCUCCGCCAUUCUGAGCUCAAGGGAAUUGUUCGGGCCUGAUGCAGAUGUCUUUCGACCUGAGCGUUUCAUUGGUUUAGAAGACCACGAUCUUGCUGAGAUGCGCCGUAACGUUGAGAUUAAUUUUGGCUACGGACGCUGGAUGUGUGCUGGGAAACCUCUAGCCUUCAUGGAGCUUCAAAAAGUCUAUUUUGAGCUGCUUCGAGCAUUUGACUUCCAGCUUGUUGAACCGUUGAAUCCUAUGACUUCCGAUAGUCAUGCCGUGUUUCGAGACCAUGGACUCAAAGUUCGUGUUACGAUGGCCGAGGAUAUGGAGUGA